AUGAGUUCCGAAUGGGUCGGAAACUGGAGACCGCACCGGCCUCGAGGACCGAUUGCAGCUUUUUACAGCAGUCCCGGUCCUAAAUAUGGACUUCCCGGUUCCAUAGGUUAUUCCCAACAUGAUGCUACAAAAUUCAAGUCUCCAGCAUACAGCUUUGGAGUACCUCACGCCAGAUUCACUGUGGAUAGUUCACCAGGUCCAGCCUACCUCAUCCCAUCACUGCUCACUAGGCGAGGAAAGGAUGGGGCGCCAGCCUAUUCCCUCUACAGUCGACCAAAGGACAACAAUCCAUUCCAGACCCCAGGUCCAGGUACCUACAGUCCAGAGAAGGCUGGGAAAGUUGCCUUCAGUGCAGCUCCUUCAUUCUCCAUUGCUGGGAGGACAAAAGGUUUCAGGACUGACCAGUCACCAGGUCCUGCAGCCUACCUACUGCCUUCCGUACUCGGCCCGAACAUUGUAAACAAAUUGUCUUCUGCCAAUUUCUCCCUUAGUGGACGAAGUAAAGUUGGCAGUUUCCAUGAGGACUUCCAGAAGACUCCAGGACCUGGUGCAUAUAAAGUCCCCGAUCCCAAUAUGUACAAACAAAAACCACCUCAUUACAGCAUAACUGGCAGGAACCAACUACCCGGUGAUUCAACAAGGAAACCAGGGCCUGGGAGUCACAGUCCAGAGAAGGUUGUAGUAAAUCGCAAUCUAGCCCCGGCAUUCUCCUUUGGCAUCAGGCAUUCAGAGUACCUGACACCAGUAAUCGACAAUGUUAUGUAA